AUACUCAAAGAUGAAGCUCAUUGCUAUGGUGAUUUGCAUGCAAAGAGAGAUAGAAAGCUUGAAAGAUCAAAUUCAGUGCCUUACAGCAUGUGGAGAGCUGUCCAGAAACCUUAAAGCCCUGAUAGAAAAUACCCAGAGGUGGUCGAAUGAGGACAGCAAGACGUCUGUCCAAGCAUCACGUCCUAGCCUAACUGUAGGAUUUGUCAAUGGAGAUGCCAUGGCCCCAGAUUUACUGGCCUGCCCAGCUGGGAUGAAUGGGCAGCGGGAGAAACAGGCGGCCUUACCCCAGAAACCACACAGGCACCUUAGGGAUGGACUCUUCACUGAGUUCAUUACCCCAGAGCUGUUGGAACGCUGCAACACUGGCACGACAGCUCAGAAACUGACCAAUGACCUGUUGCGAGGGCUGUAUGAGAGGGACUGCCUAGCCUCCCACUCCAUCUCAGGGCUGGUGUACAACAAGAAAGCUCAGACCAAACCUGCUCUCCCUCCUGAGGAGAUCCAGGCCAUACUGAGGAUAGUUCAGUAUUUUUUUCCUGGAAAGACGGAUGCGGAAAUUAAAGGGUACAUCCGGCAGAAACUGCAGAACGAGGCGAAGAGGCUGAGGAAGAUGCCUCCACUGUUGGGUAAUAUGGAUUCCAGCUUUGACCUGCCCUGCCCCAGAACAAGUAUUGUUAACAUGGAUUUUGUCAAGGAUCAAAGGUGAAAUAUCUGAUUAUGGAUAAUUGACAAAUGCAUCGGGUUAGUAAUAUUAUACUUUUUUUCGACUGCUGACGUUAGUGAGAGGUUGAAAUUUGAAUAGGUGAUCAUGCAGAAUGCAAGUUUAACCUCAGUUCAAUCAAACAUGAAUUCAAACUUUGCAUUCACCUUGGCCUCUGGUUGCUGCAAGUGCAGCCAGCUCUAGAUAAAGCAUAAUACGGUAGCAUAUGUGAACUUUAUGUCCCUUUAUAAAUAUUAGCCCAUUGUCUUUCUAUUUUGUAUUUUUAAUAUAAUCAUUUGCAAGAGAUUGGACCUUGCAAAAUCAAUG